AGGUGUGCCCCACCAGGGGAGAACCUGAAGCUGUAUCCCUCUGGUACAACCUGUGCAUUUCCACAGCUCUCUGCAUACAAAAAUGGGGUCUGGAGCAAAGACAGCAGAGAGAACUGGUAAAACCUUAAGAACACAUGGAGAUGAAUGUCCUGACAAACUAAGGAUUUAUAUAAUUGCCUCUAAAAGAUGAGAUUUUAUUUUUUGUUUGUGAUGUUUCCAAUUAGGUAGGUCUCCUACAACAAACAUGUCAGAACUAUCUAUUUCAGCUACAGUACAAGGAGAAUUUUAUUUUAGUGGGUAGAAGCCUUUUACUGCCAUGAGAUUAAGGGGAGGGAACCUCUCUUCACACAGCAGGAAAUUUGUCAGAGAAAAGCUGCCCUAAAAACAUUAUUUCAGUAUUUAAAAAAACCUUGCCAAUACAUAACAAUAAGAAGCCAGCCAGUCUAAAAAUACAUCUUUCAUGUAAACCCCAUGGGGAAGUACCUAAAAUUUACAGUCCACUUGUAAACAUUUGAUUAGUGGAUCUUUCUAAACUGUAACAAAGGAUUGAGAAAACAACAUUAUACACCAACACCACCUUCCCCCCAGUGAGACACAAAAGCAUAAAAUCCUUAGGGAAGAAGCCACUAACCAGAGGGUGGUGAAAAUGGAAAGGGAGGGAAGAGAAGUUGCUGUUCACUAUUUUUUAAGCUGUACUUGCUCCCUCCCCUACUUAAAUUAAAAAAAAAAAAAAAAGGAAGAGUUUUUAGUUGCUGAUGUCAUCAAAGUGCUAACAUUAAUCACUCACAGCAUCACUGGUCCACAUACAAGAGUAUAUAACAGGGAUGUUCAGGCAGCAUACUGCCAAGGGGAGGCAAGCACGAGAGGGGGAAAAAGGCAUCAGGUUUUUUUUCUCCCGUGUGGUCUUUGAAAAGCAAGGCAACAGCAUCUUUAGACAAGAUGUGCUCUUGCAGGAAUUUAAGUGGAAGAGACAAAGAAACCAUGCCACCAGCAGCAUCGGAGAAAAAUACUGAAAUCAUGCAAUGAAAAUUCAGUCCAGAGAAUCUGAGGAGAAGAAAAAGCAAACUGGCAGACAGAGAUCAGUCAGGAAAUAAUUUAUGUAGAAAGGGAUACAAAAAAAUUGGUGUUGGUAACAUUUUCACAGCAGCAUCUCCAUAAAGCAAUUGUGUUCUGGAAUUUCCGUCAGGGAGUGACGAGCACUACGAUUAAGGCCAAAACAACAUCCUCAGUGCUGCAGCUUCUCUGAAGAACAUCUUCCCUUUCCACAGAGAGACCAGCAUCCAGAGAGAAAAAAACUCCCAAGCAGCAUCCUGAUGGGAAUAACCGUCCAAAACAUCACAGGAAACACAGCAAUGGUCAUUUGGCCGAAAAUGGCCAGUUGUGUCGACAGCUUUUACAGCAUCAUGUACCACCCCAACUGGAACAGCAUGCUGUCCAGCUACUCCAGAAAGAGCUUUCAGAAGGAAGAGAGGGUGCCCACCACUCGCUCUUCCUUUGUUGUUGAAAACCUGACUCCCCUCACCACAUACAUCAUGUGCGUGACCUGCCAGUCCGCAAACCCCUCCAGCGACCAGUGCCGAGUUUUUAACACACUGGAACGAGACCCAGCAUCGGCGAGCAACACCAAGAAAGAGCUGGCCCUGGGCAUCUGGCUCACCAGCAGCGUGCUGCUCCUCAUCAUCGCCGCGGUGCUGCUCUACGGCUGCCUGCACCUCCUGUGCCGCAGGAGGCACGAGCGCUUGCACGAGCGGAGCGGGGCCUCCAAACAGGAGCACGAGGAGCCAUGGACCAAAAGCGUGGCGUACACCUCAGAGGGCAGCAGGCAGAGCCAGCAGGGACAGGACGCUGAGGAAAAGCAUCCAGGUGGCAUCCAGCUGGCCACAAUCAUAGAGAACCCCUCAGCGUGCAAUGAGCCCAUCAUGCCAUCUCCUAAAAGUCAGGAACGAGUCCCAGUAACAGGACAGAGCUCUGGUAUAAAUUAGCAAUGUUUUGUCCAGAAGAAGGUUUUUGCUACAUACAUACCCCAGCUACUUCAAACACAUCACAUGCACUGUUGGUUCUCACUGCAGCACUCCUGGCUGUACCUCAGAUGUCAAACCCCUUUUCCAACAGCCUGUAUGCAAAGGUUCACAUGCCCAAGAAGUGAGCACUUCAGCCACCCUCCAUUAUUUAAAAAUGAAGCAUGUAACAGUAAUUGGUUUACAUUUCAAGGGGAUUUGUUUGUUGCUUUUCUUUAGUCUAAAACAGCAAACAAAUAUAAAAAGUAAUCAAAAGUGACCAAAACUGAGUAGGAGUUUUCAGAUGACAACCCAGAGUGCAAGACUAUAGGCAACUGGAACAUACACACAGAGUGCUGUGGUUUGCCAAUGUGAGUUUUACCCUGACAAUCCCAGCUGCUUCCCAAAACACACACUACAAGCAGUACUACACUCAGACAACACACUUCACUGCCCAGGGUGUUGUCCAUCCCUCUCAUCUGCGCUGAGGUCAGUCUCAGAAUAUAAACUAAUCUCAGAAGGAUUUUAAUUGUAUCCUCUCAUCUGUCUUAUUUUCCCUCAGUGUAAAUACAUGCAAGAUACUGACUUUGAAGGACAUGUCUAAUUAAGGAAAUAUCCUGGGUUAUCACAUUUUGCACUCUUCUGCUCCCACCACAAGCUACCUUCUGCUCCAUGGGCUAGUGACUCCUUGCAGAGGGAAUGGAAUUCAGAGAUGCAGCUCCUGGCCUUCCCUUUUCCUCUUUCCCUUUCAGUUUUAAUGAUAACACAGGUUAAUCAGCUGCAAAUUUCUUUCCAAUUGCACAGUACAUUCUGUGUAAUGAAGGGGGACAAAAUAGUAAAAACAUGCCAAAAUGCAUUUUAUUUUUGUAACAAGAAAACCUGCUGAUCAUCUCACUCUGCCUUGAGCUUCAUGGCAAAGUGCCAAGGUCCUUCAUAAAGAAAUCUGUUCACCCUCACAACGUGACAAGUGUUGUCUGAUUUACAUGUCAAAGUCACCCUGUCUUAAACCUUUUAAGUGAAUUUGUGUUCCACAAAAACAUAAUAAAUCUUAGUAUCGCUGUAUAUUAUGCCUAAAAAAAAAAAAAAAAAGGUGCACUGUGACUGCAGGCACUUAAUCGCCCUUGGUAGGAAUGUAAGUGUGAGGUCAGCUCUCUGACACAGCUUGGUUGUACCAGUGAAGGCUGGAGAGCUGCUGCCUGGGCAGCUGCCAUCCCUCUCCACCAGCCCUGGAAGCUAAGGGGGGGAACAAUUUUGGCAAGAGAACUCCCCAUGAAUAUUUCACAGCAGGUAGCGGAUUUUUCAGCUACUCUAUUUUGACAACAAUUCCCACGACUUGUGAAAUGCAUCAGCUCUCAAGAGUGCUAGGGAGAAGCUGGCAUAAGUGUGAUGAAUCUUCUUUACUUUUUUUUUUUUGAAUAGGAUAAGCAUGUCACAGAAACGUCUGCUGAACGGGGGCGAGUAUGACUCUCAGAAAACACUUCAAAAGACAUUUUUAUUGUGUGAAGUUAGCAAUAAAGUGUUCUCCACCUGCUGUGGAGCACUUCCUCCACC